AUGCUCUUCAACAAGUCCAUCUUCGCCGUUGCCAUCGUGGCUCUGGCCAAUGUCGUGACUGCCACGCAGACCCCUGCCUGUGUUCUUAAGGUCAUCGGCAACCAACCCAACCCGGCCGAUUCGCAGACUAUCUGUGGCUCCAGCGCCAGCAAGAUCCAGUCCGCCAUCUCCAGCAACUGUGCCGAUAGCGAGGCCUCCCUGAAGUUCUUCGUCGACAACUGCGCCCAGCUCGGCCACAAAGUUGCGACUGUUGUCUCCACUACCCGUACCUCUACCGCGACCGGCACUUCUGAGAGCUCUACCGCCACCGGCUUCGUCACUGCUGUUUCCACUGGCGCCUCCGCCACCCACACUGGUUCCUCUGCCACCCACACUGGUGGUUCUACCGCCACUGGCACUGGCUCCAGCACUGGCUCCAGCACUAGCGCCGGUAGCACUGCUGCCGCCUCUGGAUCUGGUAGCGCCGCGACCCCUUCGCCGACCUUCAACGCUGCCUCAUCCGGCCGCCAGUUCUCCGCGACCACCUUUAUUGCCGCGGUCUUCCUCGGCGCUGCUGCUUUGCUGUAA